UGUGCGGAGAUGAAGCGUAUAUAUAUUCAGAGAGGUGAUGGUCAGAGUGGAGGCACAGGGUUCUUGAUACCAGCUGAAACACACCACCACUCAGGAUCUCAAACACUAAAGGUCCCUGCACAAACCAUCAUGGAAGCUGCCAUCUGCACCUUUGUCUCCCAGUUCAAGGCGUACGCUGGGAAAGAUGGAGCCUCCAGCACUCUGAGCAGAGAGGAGUUCCACAACCUGGUGACCGCUCAGCUGCCCAACUAUGUCAAGAACGCCAGCGACCCCGGGGCCAUCGAUCAACUCAUGGGCUCGCUGGAUGAGAACAACGACGGGGAGCUGACUUUCCUCGAGUUCUGGCAGCUGAUUGGAACACUGGCAAACAAGCAAGGAGGCUUCACCGAGUAGAGCUUGCCGUCUUCUGUCAAGAUUGUGCACCACCAAUCAACUCGAUUGAAGUCGUCCCACUGUAAACUCAGAGGCAUUUCUUUUAUCACUCCACCAGUGCCACAUGUGUAACUCUUUGGUUAACCAUUUGUUGAAUGCAGGGAACUUUGAAUUAAAGGCUACAUUGUCCUGAGCCCUCAGCCACCAACA